AUGGCAACUGCAAAGGUAAAUGGCGCGGAACUGUAUUACGAGGAGAACGGCAGCGGCCCUCCCAUCAUCCUGUCGCCCGGCGGGCUGCAGGGCGUGGCCAGCAGCUACUCGCCAGUGGUGGGGGCCCUGUCGCAGGAGCACCGGGUCAUCGUCUACGACCGGCGGUUCGGCGGGCAGUCGCGCAGCCCGAUGGUCGUGCAGACCUGGGAAAUGGUGUGCGACGACGUGUUCGGCCUCAUGGACGCGCUGGGUCUCGAGCAGAGUAUCCUGGGCGGCGGGUCAUUCGGUGCCGCCAUCUCCUUCGGCUGCGCCUAUCGUCGGCCGGAACGCGUCCGGGCUAUCUUCCCGUCCAACAUAGCCGGUGGGGUCAUCUGCGACGGCUACCUGACGUCCAAGGUGUUCAAGAGCAUGGAGAUCGCGGCUGCAGAUGGCAUUGGCGCAGUGAUCGACGCUUUCGAUGCCGACGACCGCUUCGCCCCCUACAGCCCCGAGAUCGCCCAGACCGAUGCGGAGUACCGCAAGAACCUGGAGGCGAUGGACACCGAGGAGUUCAUCCAGGUGAUGCGGGACACCGCCCACGCCCUGUUCGGCGGGCCGUUCCCGACGCUGGGCAGCACCAAGGAAAUGCUGCGGAGCAUCCGUGUCCCCACGAUGAUCAUGCCCGGCUAUAACGACGUGCACCCCAGAUCCGUGGCCGAGAUGGCCCAUCGCAAUGUCCCCAACAGCCAGUGGGGAGAGUGCAAACCCCACUCCGACGAGCCGGAGAAGUACGCCAAGCGGGUGCUAGAGUUUCUUGCGGAAGUGGAGGCCAACGGGGGUUAG